AUGGGGUUACCACAAAUUGGAGAAGGUCUAAUAAAUGUAUCAGGUCAUUUGACUAUGGUAACGAAUCAGAAAGAAACAAAAAUAGUGUUAAAGGUCAUCGAAUCAGUGUAUGAGUUAGGGAAAUCCGUUGUCGGGAAUGCGAAAUUUCGAGUGACUGACACAUUAGAGUGGGUAAAUAUGGUGGGGGUGGCGGUGGGGGGUUGCUGCCGUACCUCGUUGCAAGAGCCGAUCCGGCAGAAGAAUGCUAUUCAGGGAGAGGCAGCAUGUGUGCUUUGCGUGGCAUCAGAAACGGAAUUAACAGAAAAAUUAAAUGCGGAGAACACACCGACGGUGGCUUGUCGAGACCGUGUGUGUGAAAUGAACGCCGACUCAUCGCAAUUGCCGCGCACAGUAGGGGGGGGGAAAAAAUGUCACGUGCUGACACGUUACCCGAACAACACAACUAUUGUCAUCACGUGCCGGCAAGCAGACUGA